AUGCCCAAGCUCUUGCUCAUCCUCAGUAUUGCGGUAGCCACCUUGCUAGUGUCGACUUCUGUCGGUGCUGCCGCUGCCGAAGACCUGGGGUGCUACCCUGCGUGCAAGAAUCCGCAGGUGUGCCGUCCCGGCAACGACGGUUCCGCGUACUGCGGCUAA